AUGCCCGUCGACAUGUCUAUGGUCCCUUACAAUGGGGGAAACCUUGACGUUGUUUUGCGGCAUAAUGACUCGGUGGUUGUCUUUGACCGUGCUUCUCAGCAGCUCGUUCUCCGCAAUACGUCAGACGAAGACAUUGACAACAUGGAGCUAGCCAACUGCCCAUUCUGCCAUCGCUCAAUGCGUGAUAGUAGUAGAGAACGACACUGUGGGGAUUCUGAACCUGAAGGCGAAUUCAUUAACCCAAACUACUUUCGCAUGCUCAACAACAGUCUCCCCAGUUCCGCAACAUCCUCGACACCUCCUUCUCCAAGCCAACGCCUUGUUCAGCCCGCUUUCCCACGGGGGCCUAUCAAUAACAGGCCCGUCCAACCUGCCUCAUCACCACAGCCAUCGCCACAGGGAAUAUCCUCUGCAGCAUUCAGUCCAGACUACUUCAAGAGGUUCUUCACGGAGGAACGAGUGUUGGGGAAAGGUGGAAAAGGGGUGGUGCUACUAGUGAAGCACGUCCUCGAUAGUGUGUCUCUUGGUUACUAUGCCUGCAAGCGUGUCCCCGUUGGCGACGAUCAUGAGUGGCUGGAAAAGGUCCUGGGCGAAGUGCAACUGUUACAGCAUCUCUCGCACCAGAAUCUUGUCUCGUACCGCCAUGUGUGGCUGGAAAAUGCGAAAAUAACCACCUUCGGCCCUAGUGUACCCUGCGCAUUUAUUCUACAGCAAUACUGCAAUGCCGGCGAUUUACACGAUUACAUAUGUGGCCCUGUGCAAACCUCCACCACUGCAGAGCAAUUGAAGGACCGCCUUCGCCGCAAAUCCAAAGGCGAACCGGAGCCUCGAAACAAACUUAGGGGAGCGCGCACGCUUCAGCUAGACGAAAUCUAUUCUUUCUUUCGUGACAUCACUUCUGGACUUCGUUAUCUUCACGCCAAUGGGUACAUCCAUCGUGAUCUGAAACCACACAACUGCUUGCUUCACGAGACAAGUGAUGGCAUUAGAGUUUUGGUCAGCGAUUUCGGUGAGGUGCAGUCUCAAAAUUCAAUGCGCAAAUCAACUGGUGCAACCGGUACUCUUUCAUAUUGUGCACCUGAAGUUCUUCGUCAAGAAUUUCCUGACGGACCAUUCGGCAAUUUUACGUUCAAAUCCGACAUUUUCUCCCUCGGAAUGAUCCUUUACUUUCUAUGUUUUGGAGCUCUUCCAUAUGCAAAUGCCGACCUCAUCAACGAAGAAAAAGAGGACUUGGAUCAGCUCCGUGCAGAGAUCACCAGCUGGGCUGGAUUUGAUCACGCACGAGCUAUCCGCUCCGAUCUACCUGAAAAACUGUACAAGUUCCUAGAGCGCUUGCUCUCGGUUGAUCCCAGCCGACGACCUUCAGCCGACGAAGUGCUAAAUGGCAUCCAAGUCGGUGCCAAUCCAAAGGAAAACUUUCGGUUCCGAAAAGCCAGCUUGGGAGGCUCCGACGUUCCCGGGGCUCGAAUCCGCCCAUUGGAUAGCCAGCAGCCACCAGUAGAACGAUCACUCUCUCCUACCAAAACUAUGCGUCGAAAUCCAAAAUCUUUCCAUCGUGACUCGCUGUCUGACUCCAGUCAUUUCCGAAGCAAUGCGGCGCCUGUGUCUGAGACUAAUCCAGAGGAGGGCCCUUCUGCUAGCUUAGAUCAAGAAAUGAUCGUCCGGAAGCGUUACACUACUUCCUCAUCGUCAUCUCCAGCCCAACCUCCUCAUGAAUCAUCAUCGCCCUUUGAUCCACAGCCUCAGCCUCAAUCAAUCCUUCAACAGCAUCUUCUCCCACCCCCGCCGAGCCGAUUCCCCAUCCUUAAUUACCUGGAAUCUUGGAACCUGUUUCAAGUCUUACCAAUCACACUCUUCCUCGUCAAGAUCACAACCCUUCUUCAUCCAUGUUCACCGCUGGCCGUCAACCCCUGGAUCCUUUACCCUCUCCUCCUCUCUGCGGCAUUUACUUUAAGAGCCCGUAGCAUUCAAACUCAGACCCUUGCCGUCUUUUUACACCUUCUGGUUGUAAGCCUGUGCUUUCGUCUAGGCGCCCUGUGUAUCUGGCACAGAAAUUCGGGGAUGAAACUAUGA